AAGUUGCUGUCUAAUUGAGGGGUUGUGGUUUGUUGUUUCUUUUUGAGGUAGGAUGAAUUUCCCAAAGUUCCUAUGCUAAAUUAAAUAGCGAGAAGACGCGCCGCAUCCUGCUCCCUCAGACAUCGCUGCGAGAAACGAUGUUAAGGGCUGCAAACGCCAAGGCGGGGGGCAGGUGGGUCCCCGCCGCCUCUUUGCGGGGCGCCAGCACCUGUAAACCCCGCUCCUCCCUCCCCGCCCCGGGCAGAGACCCCAGAACCUCUCCCAUCCCCUCAUCCCACCUCACCCCACCCGCGGCGGAGCGCGGAGGGACACACCCCUGCGGGGCCGCCCGACGGCUCCCCCCGGCGGGGCCCUGCGCGGCGAGCGGGCGGGCGAGCUGCAGGGCGGGCGAGCGGUCGGAGGGUGGAGUGAGAGGGACGGGCUCGGCGGCGGCGGUCCCCGGCGGGCGGGCAGGGAGCCCGGCACUUUCCUUUUCGGCGCGGGGAGGAGCGGCAGCUGCGCAGGCGUUGCUCGCACCCUGUUGAUUAGUCAGUGCUGGGAUGGCGCUUCCUGGGCCAGGCGCGGCGGCGGGCGGCCCCAGCCGGUCCCGGGGGGCGGCGGGAGCAGCAGCAGCAGCAGCCGCAGCAGCCCGGCGGGCCUCCCCUUCUGCCUAGCCCGGCAUGUCCCGGGGCGGCCGGCCCUGAGCUGAGCCGGGCUCCUUCCCUCCGCCCCCCGCCCCCCACCUCCUCGCCGGCGCUGCCCGUCUGGCUCCCCUCCCUUCCCCUCUCCUUUCCCCGGGCCGGGAAGAUGGACCCCGGCCCGCCGCUGGGCUGCAGCCUCAAGGACGUGAAGUGGAGCGCGGUGGCCGUUCCCUUGGACCUGCUCGUCAGCACCUACCGGCUCCCCCAGAUCGCCCGGCUGGACAGCGGAGAAACCGUAGAAGGCCUUCGAGAGAGCGAUUAUCUUCUGAUUCAUUCAUGUCGGCAGUGGACGACAAUUACAGCUCACAGUCUGGAGGAGGGUCACUACGUCAUAGGGCCAAAGAUAGAAAUCCCCGUACAUUAUGCAGGGCAGUUUAAGCUGCUGGAACAAGACCGAGAUAUUAAGGAGCCAGUGCAGUAUUUUAACAGUGUGGAGGAGGUGGCUAAAGCAUUUCCUGAACGAGUUUACGUCAUGGAGGAAAUAACAUUCAACGUUAAGGUGGCUUCAGGUGAAUGCAAUGAAGACACUGAGGUUUACAACAUUACCCUUAGUACUGGGGAUGAGCUCACUUUAAUGGGGCAAGCAGAAAUCCUGUAUGCAAAAUCUUCUAAGGAGAAGUCACGACUGAACACCAUCUUCAAAAAAAUUGGGAAACUUAAUUCAAUUAGUAAACUAGGCAGAGGCAAAAUGCCCUGCCUCAUCUGCAUGAACCACAGGACCAACGAAAGCAUCAGUCUCCCUUUCCAGUGUAAGGGCAAGUUUAGCACCCGCAGCCCAUUGGAGGUGCAGAUGCAAGAAGGUGAGCACACGAUUCGCAAUAUAGUAGAAAAAACCAGGCUGCCCGUUAACGUGACUGUGCCGAGUCCUACACCAAGAAACCCUUAUGACCUGCAUUUUAUCCGUGAAGGGCACAGGUACAAGUUUGUCAACAUUCAAACCAAGACUGUGGUGGUUUGUUGCGUGCUUCGUGGCAACAAAAUUAUUCCCAUGCAUUUUCCCUUGCACUUGACACUUCCGAAAUUUAUUCUACCUGACAGUCUGGUGAAGGGGGAGCUAUGGCACGAAUCCCUCAUCCAGCACUGGUUUAAUAUAUGCCAGGAACAGUUUGACAUAGAUGAGUAUUCCCGUGCCGUGCGAGAUGUGAAAGCUGACUGGAACGAAGACUGCAAGAGCCCGAAGAAGAGCCGAUGCACGGGGCACAGCCACGUGCCGAACUCCCUCAGCUAUGCACGGGACGAACUUACUCAGUCCUUCCACCGGCUUUCGGUGUGCGUCUAUGGAAACAACUUGCAUGGCAAUAGUGAAGUGAACCUCCACGGCUGCAGGGACUUGUGUAACGAGUGGGCCCUGUUCUCUCAUGAUGCUCUUCAGUACCAGGAGUCUGGUGACAGCAGCAGCGAUUACCUUUUUCCUGAGGUUAGCGAAGAAUCGAUGUUUCUGCCUACAAAACCCGAACUUCCUUACGAAGAGCUGUGGUUGGACCAAGGGUCUGGAAAGGCUGGUGACCAGCCUCUCACUCGCUCGCUAAGUGAGAAGAACAAAUGUGACAACUACAGAGGGUCUUUCCGAUCAAAGUGUGGUACCGCAUCUCUUCCUGUGCCUGCGGCUGUCGGAGCAACCACAAAGUCUUCAGAUGUUUCCCUACCUCCACCUCCAGUGCCUCCCAAAUCAGAAGCAGUAAAAGAGGAAUGCAGGCUCCUGAAUGCUCCCCCCGUCCCACCACGGAGUUCAAAGCCAUCCUCCACCAGUCCUUCCAUCCCUCCUCGUACAGUCAAACCGGCACGACAGCAGACCCGCUCUCCUAGCCCUACUCUGUCCUACUACUCUUCGGGACUCCACAACAUCAAUGUCACAGAGAGCGACAACACCAACCCAACUGAGAGCACACCUGUUUCCUGCUACCCUUGUAACAUGAUGAAAUCCGAGUCCAAAGAGCCCGAGAGCACGAUGCCUUUGGGAAGCCCCUCAACUGAAGCCCUGCCUUCGAGGUUAUCUUGGCCAAACCAUUUUUCGGGGACUGCUGAAGGCCAGAAUAGAAGUGAUUUCCUGCUCGAUCCAAGCAAGAGCUACAGUUACCCCAGACAGAAGACUCCAGGUACGCCAAAGAGAAACUGUCCAGCACCUUUGACUUUUGACUUCGAUGGGUGUGAGCUCCCGGCGGGGUACUCCCCGCUGACCCCAGCAGAGUUCACGAACACCAUCUCUAACUGUCCAAAGUCGGCAAGUUACUCUCUAGACUGCACUGAUGAGAAAACUCUGGGAGUCAGCAACACAAAGCAGAGCCAUUCGUGUCCUGCCUUACCUCCUCGGGCACCGAAGUCAAGUGAAGAGAAAACAGUUACAGACAUGUGUCCCUUGCCACUGAAAAUAGAUGGUGCCGAGGAGGAGUUGAAAACUGGUUCUCCAGACCUCUUGGAAGAUCAGUAUCUCGUUAAAAAGGGCAUACAGGAUACAUUCUCUGUGUCUUAUCCCUUCUCAUCUCCCCUCCAUCUCCAGUUAGCACCAAGAUCUUGUGGGGAUGGCUCUCCCUGGCAGCCACCUACGGACCUUUCUGGACUCUCCAUAGAGGAAGUGUCUAAAUCGCUGAGGUUUAUUGGUCUGUCAGAAGACGUCAUAUCGUUUUUUGUUACAGAGAAGAUUGAUGGCAAUUUACUGGUUCAGCUUACAGAAGAAAUCCUGUCAGAAGACUUUAAGCUAAGCAAAUUGCAGGUUAAGAAAAUACUACAGUUCAUUAAUGGCUGGCGGCCCAAGAUGUGAUGCCGACUAGUUAUUAGAGAAACUGUACGCGAUGUGCUUGAUGCACUUCAGCUAAUACAUCACUUCCUGUUUUUUGCACUAAAAGCCCUUCCUGUAAAUAGUAGUAGAAAAAUUCUUACUAUGCAGAUAAACGUUUUCGAGUGGUGGAUGGAUAUUUUUUUUUGUUUUGGUUUGUCAAUAAUAAAGGUAGAGAAUCUGCAGAGGUGUGCCUUGUGCAUCCCUGAACGUUCAACAGCUGCUAAAAACUGGACACUAAGGGAACUUUUACUUCGUAGUCUGUUAAGACUUAGUUGUAUUUAUUACUGAACAAUUUGAUGCUGAAAGACACACACCAAUCCAGUUUACAGUUUUGUGUUAACUGCAAAAAAAAAAUGUAUUUCUUACGGGAUUAUUUCUGUUCAAAUAAUAUUUGGCAACAUGCUGUGACUUUCUUCCGUUUCUGUUAACAAGGAGCACGUUCAGAUAUACAAAAACAUCAUUUUGACACUACAUCUGAAAAUGUUAAGAGUUGCUGUGAAGUGCCACUAAUACACUACUCUUGCAGCCUAUUUUUACUAACAGUAUCUUCCUGACUACCUGUAAUGUGGAUACACUUUCCGUGCGACUUUGGGCAAAAAGAGUUAAAUGUUUUCAAAACAAGAGUCUUGCUCAGCUCAUUGCCCAGAGGGGAGGGAGAAGGGGGAUUUUCCUACUGAGCCACUCUGCCCUGGCCAAUUAAAAGUUUAUGACCUGUAGAUUUCAAAAGUUGCUUUUGUAGUCGGAUGGCUGGAGCAAGUAGCAUGACUUCUGGUCGUGCAGCUUUCUCAUGGGAAAAGCAGUUCAGCACACAGACUCUUCUCUCGGCAGAUCCUGCUAGCGCAGCCCCUGCAAUGGCCUUGCUCUGGCGAAAGGCAACCCCUCCUAUUUCCUCUGCUGCUGUUACCAUCCUCUGAAAAUGCGCUUGAUGUGCUAUCCUAUUCCUGCGGUCGGAUCUGUGUGGGAAGGUGAUAGUACUCCUGUAGGAUGCCUUUGAAAUAAAGCAUUAGCGAGGUGGGAGCAGAAACAGCGCCUUACAUGCUGGUAAGAAGGGGCCAAGUGAGGGUUUGGGCCAUGCCUUGGGAAGUGCUUGUGAUGUUUGAGUUCACCUGUCCUGUUUGCAGUGGAUGCAGGAGGAUGCGUGUGUCAAAGUGGGAGGAACCGUAGCAUCGUAAGAUGUGCUAAUUCAGUUGCCCAGCUGCAAAAACUCACUGCAAUAGAUGUCACAUGGAGGCAGCAGUCAAAAGGGAGCACAGAAAUGGGAAGGGGACAUUAGGCUGCCCCUGGAGACCUUUCAAAUUUAACUGUUUUGAAGGCUAGAAAUAGGAUUAACUUUUGUUAGUCUGUUAGCUGAUGUCUUGUGCUUGGUAGAGCUCUCUGAAUUAUGUCUAAAUAACCCCAGGAUCCUCUACUUUUGUAGUACCGAUUGCAGGGAUUCAGAAAACAGUCUGUGGUGUCCAUCCUCAGCAACCGUGCGUGCCCAGGAUCCUCAGGUGGUCAGAGCCAGGGAUGCUGGAGCAGCUUCACCUUCAUCCGCUGCUGAGCAGAGCCCUGGACAGGGUGACACCAUCACCUGCUUUUCUUACCUUUUUGAAGUACAAAAAAUCUCACUUUUUCCAUUGUAGAGCACGUAGUGGGAGCAUCAAGACGAAAUACAGAGGAGGGACAAAAUGAGAGGCUGCUGUUGCCUGUUCUCUCAACCAUAUUGACUCAUUAAAAAGAAUUUCCUGCAAAUGGAGUUUUCUGUUGCCCGGGCAAAUUUCAUGUCAUGUCUCCAUGCGGAAGUCAAGAUGCAUCAUUUGUCUUGCAAUAAUUCAAACCACCGGUUCCCAACCAGAGAGCAAAGCCCAAUUGACGUGGGUACUAGAAAGCAGUGAGCCAAAAACCAUCCCAAUAGAAAAACCCCAAGAGUUCAUAAUCCUACUCUUUUUCUUAAUGUAUUGACUUUUAGCAACAGAUCAAUAGCUUUCUCCGGGUGCAUUUUAAUUAGCGUCCUAACAUAUUUUAGCUGCAAGUAAGACUAAAUCAAAUCCAAGUACUGUUCAGAUGUGUAUGCUUGUUGGUAGGCAUGUGCAAGUUGAAGUCAACUGCAUUUAUCCCUCACUAUGUCCAAUGAGCAUUCAGAUUUGAAAGGACCAAGUUUUAAAUGUCAGGUACUUCUGUUUGUUUUACUUGGCUUGUUAAUUCCAGGUAAAGUAAGUAAAAAAUUCCAGGUAAAAUAAGUCAAAUAGCUCUCUCUCUCAAAAAAAAAAAAAAAAGGCAGUCUUGUAAUAUUAACAUUAAAUAUUUCGGAUGCCCCUAGGAUAUUAACAUCCUCAAGAAAAUAACGUUGUUUGACUGCGGAUGGAUACCUGUUCUGUUAUCUCUGUUUACCUGCUUGGAAUGUUUUUUCUGGCCAUCACCCUGGUGGAAUUUGCAAAUUUGCAUUCAUGAGCGUGCUGCAUUAAGAUGGCGUAUGCAUAGACCAAAAUAAAACUGGCCUGUUGAAAGGCCCAGAAAUGUGCAAUGAUUUCAGAAGCAGAUCCUGUGUGCAAAAGUACAGCUAAAGCCUCUAAUUGCAAACUUGCUAUUGAUGUCCUUCCAGUUGUCUUGCUCUGGCUUGGCACUGCUUACUCAUUUUUAUGCAUAAUAUGUUAGCAUUUCACUUUUCUUUUGCCCUUAGCAGCUCAUCAUCUUAAUUUUCCAAGCCAUUUUUUGCAAUUUAGGUGUUCCUAACCUUUGUGUUGUGUGAAUUAGAUGACUGCGGCGUCGAGCCACCUGCUGUGAUGUCCAAGCUGAACUGAAGCAUCUGCUCUGGUGAAAUCAGGAGACGGAGUAGAAUCAUAGAAUCAUAGAAUCAUAGAAUCAUAGAAUUGCUGAGGUUGGAAGGGACCUUUAAGAUCAUCAAGUCCAACCUUUAACCUACCCUGACAAAAGCCACUUCUAAACCAUGUCCCUAAGUGCCCCAUCUACCCUUUUUUUAAACACCUCCAGGGAUGGUGAAUCCACCACCUCCCUGGGCAGCCUAUUCCAAUGUUUAAUAACCCUUUCAGUGAAAAAAUGUUUCCUAAUAUCCAAUCUAAACCUCCCCUGACAUAACUUGAACCUGUUUCCUCUCGUCCUAUCACUUGUCACCAGGGAGAAGAGGUCAGCCCUCAUCUGAGUAUGGUGGCUCGGCCUCUCCACCGCUGUGUAGGUAGCCAGGCUAUGGCAACACUGAUGCCCAUGGGAUCUAAUUUAUUUGCUUUCCUCUUGAGCUUUGUUGCCGUGGUGUUCAGGGGGUCAGGACCAUCCUCAGCGCUGUAGAAGGAAGGCUGAACAAGGCAGACCAAUGUGAAUGUGUCGAUCUCAUGGAAAGUCCCUGGCAAUAAAUGGAUGUUGGCACCUUUGAAAUGGGGCAGGAGCUAAGUCCUUCAGGCCUUAGCAGAGAACCACACAGUCCCUUUAGAAGGAUGGGGUGUAAAACCUGGCGACUUUAAUCUGUUAAAUGUUACAAAAUGCUGCAUUGCUUAUUGUACUUUGAGAUGGAGGGUAACUUUAAUGUUCCCACUGUGAUUAGGAAGUAUCUGAAAACUCUGGGGAAUAUCCCUGUGAUAUGAACUUUUUACCAGCUGAUGUGAAUAGGAGGAGACAGCACUCAGGGUUUGAUAGGACUUGCAAACCGCCCUAGCAAACCGAGCAGCGCCGGGCACUCUCUUGUGGGAGUCCCUUGCUGCUGAGAAGCUGACAUGAGGUCUUGCCUGAUUUGGUGCAACCCAACUGGCCUGUGCAAUGAGUGAUCCCAGGCAGCUCCCAAGCACGGCUCGGAGGUUAGCAAUGGGGAAAGCAGCCUGGUUUUGAAGAGAAGUGGAGUUCACCCAUGUUGAUACGAGCUCUGUUGUUUGUCCUUGGGGCCUGAGAGAAGGCUCUGGCCCAUUUUAUCUGCUAACAGAGAUGUAGCUAUUGAGUUCAGACAACACGUGUCAUGCCAGAGUGGACCUAGAGUCUUCUACUUUUUCACGGCACUCUGCUAAAAUAGCCCAACCCUAACCUUGGACUUCUUUCCUCAGAUUAAAUAAAUGUAAGGCCUCUGGUGCUUAUUUAGUGAUCGAUGUCUGAAGUUGUGUGUCAUCCUUGGGGGUUUUGUUUGUCUGGGGGUUUUGGUAGCAAAAAAAUCUGGUGUGUCAUUCUGUAUGGAGCCGUCUCUUUGUCCUGCACCAAGAGACACAUCCUUUCUAUGCAACAGUUGCAUGGCAGCGCAAGGACUGAUGCUGCCUUCAGCGGCGAAAGCUGGAUUCUGACAUGGGGGCUUUUCUGGAGGUGGACACGGAAUCGACCAGGGGAGGAAUGGGGAGGAAACUUGAGGGGAAAUGCUGGUUUCCUUUAAAUGCUCGUUGUGCCUAGGAUUAAGACUCUUUGUGUUGCUGCCUGGCUGGCUAACCAAAGCUGUAUUGAAAUCAAGUGCAUAUUUGCGUUCUUAUUCUUGCCAUUUUGUAAAAAUUGCCUACGGCUAGAAAUUUAGAGACAGAAAACAUUUGGUCCAUCCAAAAUUGGAAGGAAAAUGUAUUUUGAAGUGUUCUUUGCAGCUAGAAGCAAGGGUUGAAGUAACUGCAAAUUGCACAGUUUUUUCCAAUACAACAAUUUUACUUGCCACUUUAAUUGACUUUAUUCCACAACAACAGCUUCAAGAGAAACAGCGUGAAUAGCGAUGUUUGUCGCAAAAAACCACCAUGUUUCAAAUCUGUCUGUAAAUACUUGAAGUGUUUUCCCCUAUCUUUUCUUCUUGAGUCAACUCCUUGAUUGGGUCCCCGCUACAUAAAGUGUGCUGGCACCAGUUCCUUGCGUGCUGCCCGGGGGGUGCCUGCCUGCGGGCCAGGCGGGGGGGUACACCACACUACCUAAAAGCCAAACACCAGCCCUGUGUGAAAGGACAAGGGCUUCGCCCAGCUCUCCUGGCUCCUCUUUUUGAUGCUGUGAAAUUGCAGCUUUCCCGUGUAUGAGCUAGAAGGUACGAAUGAAAUCCUAAUAGAAGUGAGGGAUUGUCCAUUUUCUUCAUGGUAUUAGGGGUGGCAGGGCAGUAGGGAAACGCAGGCCCCUUGUUGAGACCUAGCAAUAAAUGACUCUUCAUUUGUUACGUCUUAAACUCCUAAUAGUCCAGGAGUUGUUCAGACUUUACCAUUUCUGUGCGUAAUAACCAAAUUUUCAGCGUGCAAAUCUGCAGAGUGAUUCUCUUGACUUGGACAAUCUUCUGAAUUGUAUUCAAAAUAUCUGUUAGUUCUUAGCUCUUUAGGUUCACUUUGGGUAGGUCAAAAAAGUACAUUUCCGUUAUAAAACGAAGCAUGGGUUUUGUGGAAUUCUGUGCUGUUUUGGGCUUUUGUGUAAAAGGCUGAAGGCAGAUUAUUAUUUAAACCAGGUGCAAAUAAAUAUCCCUGUAAUGUAUAUGAACAAAUUUAAACCGCAUAUUGUAAGUAUAUAAACUGUAUAUUAAAGACACUAUUUUCAUGAUA